AUGUUCAGCUUACCGCUUUUCCUUUGUUUAGUAGCACUAAUUGCUUUUGUUCACUGCUUUGCACUUACCCGGGCACAACCUGCGGAAUGUCUGGCUCCCCAACGGCGGCUCAUUGAAGAGUACAAAGCUUUCCACAACGCCAACAAAUUCUCCCCAGAUGCCCAGUAUUUAGUCCACGCCUGCUGGGGUGGUUCUUGUUCGGGAACAGGUGACCGUAUCCGGGGUGCCUUGUGGCUUUUGCGAGUCGCGAUCGCGCACAAGAAAAUCCUGCUGGUAGACUGGACGAAGCCGGCACCGCUGACGGAUUUUUUAGUGCCCAACGAAAUCGACUGGUCAUUCUCGGGCCUUGAUCCAGCGCUCUUCCGCAUCGCGAACACAUUAGAUAUGGAUGACUUCAACGAUGCGGUGUACCGGCAAGUGCCGGCUGCGCUUGAGAGAUUUCGGGCAACGAAGGUGUAUGCCACUAGCAGUAAUGAACAGUUUGAGGUGAAUGGAAUGGUGGGGAUUACGCCUGUACUCGAGUUCUUUGCGGAUGGCGCCUGCUAUUUCAAUUUCCUGUUUAAGCCACAUCCGGCGAUUGUGGCGCGGGGCGAUGCGCACCUGCAACAGCUCUAUGGGUCCGCAUCCGUUGACUACGUUGCUUGGCACUGGCGGCACUUUGAUGCAGACGAACGUUCCGAAAGUCCAGUCAUGGUUUCGGAGCUUACCCGGGUGCUGAAUGCCGCCGCGCGUCUUGGCAGUGAUCUAGGUUUGGACUUGGAUCAGCGUCCUGUGUUGCUCAUCACGGACUUCAACAUCGCUCAGGGUUCAGCAAUAUGGCCGUUUGGAUGGGCGGGGCCAGAUUACUGA